GACGCGGUGGAGACUGUAUGGGGGGGGCUUGAGGGCUCUCUCGGGACUGGUUACCGUGGAAACGGCGGCCUGCAUGGGCUGUGGGCACCGCGGAGCCUGGGACAGAGUGGACGGCAGCUGUGGUGAGAGAGCUCAGUCCGGGCAGCUGGUUGCAGCGCGUCGGGCCGGGAGGGAACUGCAGUGUAGCCCAGGGGGUGGGGACACAGACUCCACUUGAAACAGAGGCCGGGGCUUUAGCAUCGAAAUAAGCCGGGACCCGAAUCCCAGACACCGGACCGGACUCCAGUCCCGAACCCGGAUCUGGACUGGACCGGACCCCAGACCUGAACCGCAUCUGAAUCUUGAAUCGGCCACUGGUCCUGAUUGGAAACGACCCCGGUGCAGCUGCAGAUAAUCGCAUGGUUGCAGGCUAAUGUACAAUGGGGGUCCAUACUGCUGGAUGGAAUAACAGACGACCGGAACCAUUCUGAACUUUAUAUAAAGCCUGCAAUCGUAGUGUUGUUCCUUCUCGGACAGAAUGGGUACCCAGGAUGUUCCCCUUGGUAAUCUUGAAGGUCUUGAUUCUGAUAUGAUCAAGGAUGAGUCACUUUGUUUGACCAAAGUCAUUGGCAAUGGUCACAGCAAAAGGACAGGCAGGACCGAGAGUGAUGACACUGACUCUGCUGACAGUGACAAUGAUCUGGAGGAUUCACCAACAAACACAAACUGGGACUCUUCCAGGAGAGCCUCAUCAAAUGAAUCAUUUUCUUCACGUCAGAGUGCAAACUCAGUGUUGGAUGAUGAGACAGCAUUAGAAUGCCGAGAAUUCAUGAGGAGAUAUGUUGAGAAAAUCUUCAGUGGAAGGCAAGAAAUUGACCAGGAGGAGAAAGCUCGAUUCGGGGAGCUCUGUUCUGAAGAAAACAGCCAAGGCAGAGAGUGGUUUGCAAAAUACGUUAGUGCCCAGCGGUGCCAUUCCAAAUGUAUCUCUGAGUAUGCUUUCUACCGAUUGGUACAGUCUUUUGCUGUUGUUCUGUUUGAGUGCCACCAAAUGGAUGAUUUUGGUCCUGCCAAGAAUCUAAUGACCAUGUGCUUCACCUUCUAUUACGUAGGCAAAUCCUAUCCAAAUGUGUCAAACCUGAAGGCAAAAGAAGAUGACUCCAGUGUGAAAGCAGCCAACAGCUGGCUGACAGAGAAACGAGAUCUCGCUGCAUUAUUACUGAAAAACACUGAAAAUGUGAAGGGUUUCUUUGGGGGUCUGGAGAAGAAGCUGAAGCUGAAGAAUGAAGACACGCAAAACCAGACUCGGGAGAAGUCCAGUGAGAAUGUGAAAAUGGAAUGUUUGGAGGAGAGGAAAGGGGAAAAAAUAUACCUGUACACACACCUGAAGCUGCAGCCUAUCUGGCACACCCUGAGGUUUUGGAAUGCUGCCUUCUUUGAUGCAGUUCACUGCGAGCGGAAGAAGAGAUCACCAACAACCAGGGAGAAAUGGUGUCACAUGACUGCAGAGGAGCGUGACGACAGCCAUCGCUUUAAUGAGAAUAUUGCCUUUGGACAACUUGGGACUUUUACACACAACAUGUUAGCUUUUGGACUAAGCAAGACACUGUGCAGCGACUUCCUGAAGAAGCAAUCUGUGAUUGGGAACCUGAACCAAGAGCAGUACCAGUUGCUUUGUGAUCACAUUGAACAGAUGACAGUGGAGUGAAGAACUGGAAUGAAGAACAGUCUUGAACAGCAACAACAGCUGAUAGCUUAUGUCCUCCAACUGACAUCUUGCGCCAGUAACAACUCUGAUAGUGAGCUUGUUGCAGUUAGUGUGGUUACAUGGGGUGGAUGUGCCAAUGCGUCUGACUUGCUUUAUAGUGAUUAUCCUGUUCUGCUGGAUGCCAUGGGCUAUUUGUUGUGUACUCUGCUGGCGGAUGGACACAAUCAACCAUUUCAGAAACUAAGUGUAUCUAUUUAACAUGAGUUAUAGAUGAACAGUGUUGGAUCCACAGUUUGUCUUGUAGCCAUAAUUUCACUGCAUUUAAUAUUCUUAAGGAAUGGGAUGAUGCAAACAUUUUUUGUUAAAGCUGUAAAGAUGGUGAGGAGCAUAUUGGCACAUUUGCCUUUGCUAUGCCAUGGACGGUAUUUAUGCUGCACUGCCUCUUUUCUGUAUCUCCAGGUUUCUGCCUUAUUUUAAUGUUGUAUGUGUGUUUGUGAUGUUUUGUUUGUCAGGGAUUACUUGUUUCCACUUUUGGAUUAAUGUUUGGGUAUAGCAGCUGAGCAUGGAGCUACCUUCUCCUCCAUCAAUGAGAUUUUGGAGGAGAAGUGAUUAAUUUCUUCCACUGUCAAGUCCCAGGAUCUCUCUAUUCUAGUACAUUGUCAGUGUGCCUCUACCAUGUGGAACAGCAACUUGGAGUGUUUUCAGACUGUUACAUUGAGUUUUUUCUUGCAUCCAAUUGGCAACUGAGACCACAGUUUUACAACGGAGUGAAGACACAAGCUCCGAAAUCUCAUGCUCCAUUUUAAACAUUGAUUAGGUGAUGAUCUGUCACUCAGUGACAUUUAUACAAACAAUGAAGACCUCAAAGGGUAUAACAUACACUACUUUUUCAGUCAUUGUAUUUAAUAAGAGGCUCGUAAGUUGCUGGAGAAACUCGGCAGGUCUGGCAGCAUCUGUGGAAAGAAAAAGAACUAACAUUUCAAGUCCAGUGAUCCUUUUUCAGAACUCAAACUUGCCUGACUGUGUCCUGCAUUAAAAGAAUGAACAUCUGUCCCAGGAUAAUUGUUGUCCAUCGCACCUCGUUCCCUCAGGCUGCUGUGGAUGAGAUUUAUGAACCUGUCUCCUCAUUAUUUAACUUUCUGCCCAUUCUGUUUGAUGUAUUCAUACUUGUAAUGUUUACAUUUCUAUAUCAGUAUCCAAAUGCUGUUUUCUAUAGCUAACACUGUUUAAUUCAACAUACCGUUAUGUUUCAAAUGUGACAUGUUUGAAAGAUCCAGUCUUGUCUGUUCUAUUUCUGCUCUGAGAGUCCGGAGCUGAUCAUUGCUGAUGAUUUCAUAUUGAACAUGAGACUGGGAUGACUUCCUGAUGGGUAAAUAAGAGAUUCCACUCCCACAUCAUACAUAUUGCAGCUCAGUAAAUGCUGUGCUCGACACAUUUCCUCUCAGUGGCUGCAGAUCUGGUAAAAUACAACCUAGUUUCAUAGAAUACCAAAUCAGUGCCAGAUUUCCUCCAACCAGCCCUGGUAUUUUGGAACCAGAGGCAGCUCGAGCAGCAUCACUGUUCCACAAGCAAGUUGGUUUUUACUUCUUGGCCUGAUUGUACUGUCUGCCAACACCAUGCUGACUCUGAAGGAAAUCUGAGCACAAAGUGAUUGGUGGGAUCAUCCUUUCCAAGAUACAUCACACAAAAGAGAAAAAAGCAAAUAUUGAGCCAGGAAUUUUAAGCGUUAUCACUUUUUUAAAGAAAUCAGUACUGUGCUAUAAUGGGCAGAAUUAUCUCUAGUUGAGUUUUAAUAGUAAAUUGUCUGCAAUAAGCUGAAGGUCAAUGUUCUUUAAUAAUCUGUUACUUGUGAUCAGUAUGUAUUUAGGCAGCUGAAUGCUCUACUCUUUAUAUCAUCAGGGUGGAAGUUUGCUGCCACUGUGUGUCACUGCACUGUAGUGUCAUGUGUGGGAGCAGAGCUUCAGAUAGCUCUCUAGUGUUUUCAUGUACCACUCCCAGAGCCAGAUGCGCAUUUGCUUUAAGAUAACAAGGUGUA